UGAUGUACCGAAAAAAAAGGGAAAAGGGACGGAGGGGCUUUGAAAAUUGGAAAACGGAGGGCAAUUUGGGUAAAGAAGAGAGGGCGGGAACAUAGUGCCCCCAAAAACAAGUGGUCGGACCUGUUUGGCUUCAUUUGUUCCGUUUCCAUAUCUCAGCCUUUUCUGAUUGUCGCUUAAUUCUUAACUCUUUAGUCUCGUCUUCUUAGUCCUUCAUCUCGCUUGCCCUAACUACAGGUCCUUACACUUUGAUAUGUUGUAACUGAAAUCAGAUGGAAACUAGUAUGAAGAUGACAGAAUCUGAAGAAUCGCAAUCAAGUUUGGGAGUAGUCACAUUAGGCCCGUUAAUUUUAAGCCACUAGCAGGGUAUCUUGAAGAGAUGGGCCAGAGUCUCAAGCAAGUGCUGAAACUGAUAGAAGAUGGUGAGUCUUUGUCGAAGGAGGCUGAAGCACAUUGGCCAGAGUUUGCUAUUCACAUUCAGGAAUUUUAUCACUUGUAUCAGUCUCUGGCUGAGCGCUAUGAUCAUUUUACAGGAGAAUUACAAAAAAUAAUACCAUCGGAUUUCCAAAUGCAGAUUUCUGGCAAUUUUAAAUCUGGCUCUAGCCUAGGGUCUCCACUGCUUACUCCCGAUCAAAAGCUGAUUUUACAUAACUCUAGCCAUCAAGCUGCAUCUUUCAGCUCUGGCAGAAGCUCUGAUUUUUCUAUGUCAUCAUCAGACACAGAGUCAGAAUAUUCUAGCUCCAUCAAAUUUUACUCAGCUGUGCCUGGAAACUUAGAAGGAAAGGGGUUCCAUGAAAGGAUUACUGAGCUGGGAACUAAGCUUCCAAGCAUGAAAGAGAAGCUCCAGGAGACCGAGGAAAGCAAUCCAGACAGUUUCUUGGAGCUAAGAGAAAAUGCGAGGUACAAAGAGUUACUUGGAAGAGUUAUCGAGUAUGAGGAGAAGCUAAGAGUUUCAAACCUAAAACUCCAGUUGUCAGAAGAAGAGGUUGCCAAGUUGAAGAAUGAGCUUCAUGCACAGACUGAAUCUGUGAAAAGAGAUAUUGAAUUGAGGGAGGCUGCUCUUGAGAUGAAGAGAAUAAAAGUACUUGAACUGGAAAACUAUACAUUUGAAUUAGAAACUUGUGUUUCUGAAUCUAAGUGUAGGAUUGAAAUGUUGAUGCAAGAGCUUGAAGUAAGUAAAGAAAGGCUUUGGGAAUCAGAUGAACAAAUCAAAUGCUUGAAAAAUGAACUUGCAAAUGAAAUUGCUGAACAUACCUAUCAACUAAAAGGCCAACUUGAGUUGGCUCAAGAAGAUGUAGCCAUGCUGAAGGCCAGUCUUGAUUCUGAUAGAAGUCAGGUUUUGAAGUUGAAAGAGACAAUUGCAAAAUAUGAAUGUGAUCUGUCUGACUCUGAUGAUGAGAUCCAGAAGUUGAAAGUUGCACUGAAUGAUGUCCAAGAAAACUUCUCUUUGGAAAAAGCACAGCUGCAGUGUAAUGUGGCUAGGUUGUUAGAGAAACAGACCCUUGCUGAUGCAGGGCUCAAAGAAUUGGAUUUGCGAGGAAAAGUUUUAGAGGAUCAGAUCAAGCAAUGUGAAAAUGAGAAAAUGGAGAUGAAAGGUUUGCAUGAGACCCAACAAAGUGGGAUGCAAAGUGAGAUCAGUCAAUUGAAGGUAGAAGUUGCUGGGAGAGCUAGCCAUAUUGAAGCUUUGAACAAAAACCUUGAUAGUCUUAAAUUGAAAUAUGACAUGCUUAUGGCAGAAAAAGAUGAACUUAAUGCAAAAAUAAACACACUGAGGGCAGAAGUGAGUUGUCAAGAUGAUUGCAUUAGGCAAAAGGAUGAGCUGUUGCAAAGGGUACGCAUUGAUCAUGCACGACUGAUCGCUAGAGCUGAAACCACGGAGAAGGUAGUUGAUGAGUUAAGAGUGAGAGUGAAGGAGCUGGAGAAAGAGGUGGAUGAGCAGAGAAAUGUGAUAUUAGACGGGGCAGAGGAGAAAAGAGAGGCUAUACGGCAGCUUUGUUUCUCGCUGGAACAUUACCGGAGUGGGUACAUAGAACUUCGUCAAGCAUUUAUUAGGAACAAAAAGCAUCAGGGUAUUGCUGCAUAAGUGAACCUAUGCCCAGUAUGGGUCUAGUAAGUAUCAAAAGACUCAUUUGUGUAUUCCAUUUUAUGUUGUAUGUUGUUAAAGCUUCAUAUAUCGUUAACUAGUUCUGGAUGUUUCUUUCUUAUUGUGA